CUGCAGUAACUCAGUGGUACCCAGGAUGGCUUUGGAGUCGGACAGGAGAUUUGCAGCCACAGCCCAUGAGAGGCGAGACCCCCAGCAGCCAGCUUGGGUCCAGAUCUCAGCCUCACCCUGCCUGGCUGUGGCGUUUGGGGCCGGUGACUCACCUGCUCGGAGCCUCAGGUCCCCAGCUGGAAAAUGGAGAUAAUUCCGUUUCGCCUGAAGGGUCUUGGCAGAAUGAGGUGAAAUACUGUGUGAGCGAUGGCCACUACCCAGGCACCACGCUGAGGGCUUUCCAGGGAUUCUUUUAUUUCACACUUAGUACAGAACAAGCAAAGCUAAGGAAUAUAAGAAGGUAAGACAUAGGCAGCCCCUCACCGACACUUGCAGAGGUUAACAUCUUUUCUUUAUUGACUUAUUCUAAAUAUGAAAGACAUAUGUGCCCCUUGUCACUAAUGAUACGAUAGAUGCAAUGGAAGAUGUGUGAGAAAGUUUUAAGGACCUUCCUGCUUCCCCCCCCAACCCCUGUUCCUGGCCCACCCCUCCCUUGGCCAAGGGCAUAGAGCUACCUCUAUAUGUGUAAAAAAAAAAAAAAAAAAAGGCUGUUGUUUUUACCAAGAAGAGGACCAUGUUUUCUUUCAAACUCCCCUCCUAUACAGCAAAAAUGUUUUGCAAAAAUCUUCCACCUCCAUCUUCUCUGAUGCACCGUGGUCUUUGGGAUGGGGGAGCCAGGCCCAAAGGCCCCAUAACGUCCAACUGCCCUCUAGGUUGAGCCUCCAGGUUCCUGCUCCCCAGGUUGCCACCCUCGGUCCUCUCUGUGAGGCAGGUGGGCAGGCUUGUGGCCCAUUUUGCAGAUAAGGUAAAGUCCAACUCAGAGGGAGGAAAUGACUGUCUGGGAGAGACAGGAAGAAUCUUUUCUGACUCACAGACCCAGCAGACUCUUAAAUCUGUCACACCCAUUGUAAAGAAGGAAGGACUGAGGCCGGGAGAGGCUAAGUCUCAUGCAAAGGCAGGGCAGAGCAGGAGCUGGUCUGGGAGGAAUGCACAGGACAGGGGAGGAGUGCCAGGAGGGAUGAGGGCCACAAAAGGCCCCAAGUUCCUGCUGACCCCAGGGUGGUGGCCUGAGGAUCAGGAUCCUAGGGGCCCAAACUAUAGGGCAGCCGGUCUCUGUAGGGUAUUUGAGCCUGACUCCCCCGUGCCAGCCACCACGGAGCAGCCACCACCUGACGUUGCAUCUUAGCUCUGCCUUAGCUGCUGUGUGACUCUGGGCAGGUCACUGGCUUCUCUGAGCCUCAGCAAUUCUGUGUCUUCAGAGACAUUGUGGAGCUCUGGAGAGAAAAUGACCAAUUUUAGACAUAAUGAUAUUUAUAGUUAUGCAAAUUCAACUCCACCAAGCCUGACCCCUCUGCCCCCAACCAACCUGGAACCACAUACCAGCCUCUUCAUCCAGCCUCUCAGCCUCUGUCCCAGUUUCCCUGAAGAGGUGGCCAUCAGGCAGGGCUGGAAGAAAGGUGGUCGGGACCAGAGAUGGCAGAUGGCAGGGCUGGUGGGGCCCCAGUCUGUCCAGGGUAAUUGUCAACAGCAGAACUGUUGCUUUAGACAGAUGUGGACCCAAAGGCUGCCUGUGCUAACUGGGAGCCACUGGGCAAGUCGCGCGAACCCCAGCUUCUCCGUCCCUGCUGUGACCGAGGAGCAGAACAUGUCUCAUAGAGUGUGGGUGGAGUUUGUCAAGCUGGCCAGUGAAGCCGAUGUCGUGAACUUGGGCCAAGGCUUCCCAGACUUCCCGCCCCCGGACUUCGCCACGGAAGCCUUUCAGCACGCUGUCAGCGGGGACUUCAUGCUGAACCAGUACACGAAGGCAUUUGGUUACCCACCCCUGACAAAGAUCCUGGCCAGUUUCUUCGGAAAGUUGCUGGGACAGGAGAUAGACCCGCUCAAGAAUGUGCUGGUGACUGUGGGUGCCUAUGGGGCCCUGUUCACAGCCUUCCAGGCCCUGGUGGAUGAAGGGGACGAGGUCAUCAUCAUCGAGCCCUUUUUUGACUGUUACGAGCCCAUGACAUUGAUGGCAGGGGGUCGCCCUGUGUUUGUGUCCCUGAAGCCGAGCCCCACCCAGGAGGGGGAACUGGAUUCCAGCAGCAACUGGCAGCUGGACCCCACGGAGCUGGCCAGCAAGUUCACGUCUCGCACCAAAGCCCUCAUCCUCAACACGCCCAACAACCCCCUGGGAAAGGUGUUCUCCAGGGCAGAACUGGAGCUGGUGGCCAGCCUGUGCCAGCAGCAUGACGUGGUGUGCAUCACCGACGAGGUCUACCAGUGGCUGGUCUACGAUGGGUGCCAACACGUCAGCAUCGCCAGCCUCCCUGGCAUGUGGGAACGCACCCUGACCAUUGGCAGCGCUGGCAAGACCUUUAGUGCCACCGGCUGGAAGGUGGGCUGGGUCCUGGGCCCGGACAGUCUCCUGAAGCACCUGCGCACUGUGCACCAGAACUCCAUCUUUCACUGUCCCACGCAGGCCCAGGCCGCAGUAGCCCAGAGCUUUGAGCGGGAGCAGCUGCACUUUGGCCAAACCAGCAGCUACUUUGUGCAGCUCCCACAGGCCAUACAGCGCUGCCGUGACCACAUGAUAGAAAGCCUGCAGUCUGUGGGCCUGAGGCCCGUGAUCCCCCAAGGCAGCUACUUCCUCAUCACAGACAUCUCGGACUUCCAGAGCAAGAUGCCCGACUUGCCUGGCGCUGCAGAUGAGCCCUAUGACAGACGCUUCGUCAAGUGGAUGAUCAAGAACAAGGGCUUGAUGGCCAUCCCGGUCUCCAUCUUCUUCAGCGUGCCACAUCAGAAGUUCUUUGACCACUAUAUCCGGUUCUGUUUCAUGAAGGAUGAAUCCACACUCCAGGCCAUGGACAAGAAGCUGCAGAAGUGGAAGGAUGAGCUCGAGCCCUGACACCACCCCCUGGGCCCUUCCCUGCCUGGUCCCUGCACACUCUGCAGAGCUGUGUCUUUGUCUAGGUUUCAGCCAUCCCCAGGUUGGAGGUAGAUGGUACUGGAGGAUCCCUUCUCUGUAACAGAGAAUGACCCCAAGGAGGAGCCCCCCCUUUUGAGCCCUGACUGGCGCCUCUCCCUGGUCCUCCCUGUGCUGGGCUUUAUGGUCUUGGGUCCCCUCUGGCCUCCCCAAACUCUGCUGGGACUCAGAGGGCAGAGUGCAGUAGUGUACUGGCCUUGGGUCCCAGUCCUGGCCCCAGCCAGGCCUCAGAUAUCCCUCUUUCCUUAUCUAAGCUUGAUCUUGGGAAGUUACCUUUAGGCUUGAGUCCUCAAGCCAGUACUUUUUGCCCUUAAUAAAGUUUUAAGUUAUUCA